UAUUUUACGAUUCAAAGACGAGACAAAGCGUUGAAGAAGAACAUAACUUGCCAUGUAAAACACUUCUCUUAUUUGCAAACCUGUGUGCUCUUUCUCUGAUCUAAAGCUGCAUUCGCAACUCCCUGGUUUCUCUCUUCAAUCUCUUCUCAAACCAGGUGUCUGGGGGCAGGAUCAAAUAUAAGAAUCUCCCCCCACAGAAUACAUCUACCCCGGUACACAUGGAUCUGAAUAGAAGCAGUUUUGAAUCGAGGAGUAUUCUAAACAUACAAUAAUGCUGAGGCAGUUAUCUGUGCAAUGCAUGGGACAGAUGUUGGUCCUGGUCCGGAGGACACGGAAGGAUUGAGAAGUAGCCAAGAGUUGGUGAAAUCAGGGUCUGAUAAGCAUCUUGACCUUUUGAGGCCAUCUGCAAGAUAUUCUUCGUCAUUCAAAGGGCGAGCAACAGAUGCUGCAGAUCAUGGAAGGGGCAAGUAUAACCAUAUUAGGGAUCCGGAGGACUUCCUAGCUGGGAUUUAUGACAAACCUCUUCCAUGCUUUGGUUGUGGAAUUGGAUGGUUUUCUUUUCUUUUAGGAUUUGCAUUUCCUCUUAUGUGGUUUUAUGCUACUAUUCUUUAUUUUGGAAAUUAUUACCGCAAGGAUCCUAGGGAACGAGCAGGCCUUGCUGCCUCAGCAAUUGCUGCAAUGGCAUGUUCGGUUGCAUUGUUGAUCAUAAUAGUCUACUAUUUAACAUUGGCUGAUCAAUUUACAAUGCUCCAAUACCCCUAGAUUUUCAAGAAGAUGACCCAAGACUUCGGUGGAUUUCAUGCAUUUGAUAGAUAGAUAGUUUGGGCAGAAGGGCGGAAGAAAUUGCGGAGACAAAUGGAUUUACUAACCAUCCGACCGACUUGCAAUCUAUGCAGGAAGGAAGUGGCAUUUCCAGUCCUCCCUUUUGUGAGGUUAUGAAGAGAUAUAGUGGAGAAACUGUUUGGUGAACAUAAAUAUACACACAUGUUUCCACAGUAUAAGUAUUGUGAGAUAGGAGGUUGUGGUUGCUUGUGAAGAAUGUACUUGAACCACAUGGCAUAAUCAUGUAAUCCCUCAAAAUAUAGAUGAUACAGUGAUUGUUUCUUCUU